CUGGCGAGACAAAACCAAAUCACCAAGCAAAUUCUACAAGCUUACAUUCAGAAGAAGUUGGGCUUGGCCAAAACUGCUAAUCUCCGACCACCUUCCAUUUCUGAAAUAUUGCCGAUUAAGAAAAAAGAAGAAAGACCAACGAGGCAAUUGACAUUCCAAGAAGAAGAAAAAGAAGAAGAGCCGCCAGAGGUGGAAGAGGAAGAAGACGAAGAGACAGAAGAAGAGUUAGCACCAGUGGAAGAUGAAAAAUUGCAAAGCGUCGAGAGUGAACAUAUAGAUUCCAUUUAUUCAGAAGGCAUGAGUAAAAAAUACGCGACUCAAGUUUUUGAUGCAGAUUUGGAUUCAGUUGGUUAUAAAUGCUCCAGUUGCAACAAUGACGAUGAACUCGGCGUCACGCGGUGGACGAUGCCAUUGCUGAAGACUGGCGAGAAGCGGUACUACUUAGGAAUAUUCUUUAAGGCAAACUGGUUCAAAGCGCAACAGUACUGUCGAUUCCAUGGUAUGCACCUCGCCUCCAUUUCGUCACAAGAAGAGAAUGACAAGCUCGAGAAAUAUGUAAAGGAUUCGGGCUUCGGUCGAGAACACUUCUGGACUUCAGGCACUGACUUGGCUGAAGAGGGUAGCUUCUUCUGGAUGGCCAACGGAAGACCUCUCACCUUCGUCAACUGGAACGCGGGCGAGCCGAACAAUUUCCGAUAUGAAAACGGCGAAGAAGAGAACUGCUUAGAACUUUGGAACAGAGACGACAAAGGUCUUAAGUGGAACGACUCACCUUGCUCCUUCGAGACGUACUUCAUUUGCGAAGUGCGAACAGAUUGA